GACUGACUGACAGUCUCGGCUGUCACGACUGUCACAUGCUUGUCAUCAUUUGUCAUAUUCGUUCGUAGAAAUGGCUGCGGAGUUGUUGUUUGUCCCUUUUAAAAAGUCUUCAGACGUAGAUAUUGUGAAACCAUUGCGGAACUUGAUAAAUUCGACAUAUAACACCGGUGACCACCAUGAGGAUUACACAGAAGCGCUGAACGAGCUAAGCCGUCUGAGAGCCAACGCCAUUUGGAAAGUGUUCGAGAAGACGUCGCUGGAUAUUAUCUACAACUACCAUGACCAGCUGGCGUCUCUGGAGGCGAAGGUGCCGCCGCAGGAGGUGCAGAUCCCCUUCAAGUGGAAGGAUGCCUUCGACAAGGGCUCUUUAUUCGGCGGCCGGAUGAGUCUCACAAUAAGCUCGCUGGCGUACGAGCGCAUGUGCAUCCUGUUCAACAUCGCCGCCAUGCAGAGCCUGAUCGCGUCGCAGCAGCCCGUCGAGACGGAGGAGUCGCUCAAGCAGGCCGCCAAGCUGUUCCAGCAAGCGGCCGGCGUGUUCCUGUACCUGAAGGCCAACAUCAUGAUGGCCGUGCACCAGGAGACCACGCCCGACCUGCACCCCGAGACGCUGGACGCGCUCGCCAAGCUCAUGCUCGCGCAGGCGCAGGAGGUGAUCGCCUUCAAGUGUAUCCGCGACGAGAUGAAGGACAGCAUGGUGGCGAAGGUGUGCGCGCAGUGCGAGGAGCUGUACACGGACGCGCUGCGCGCCAUGCAGAAGGACCAGCUCAAGUCGCUGUGGGAGCGCGACUGGCUGCUCGUGAUGGCGUCCAAGCAGCAGGCGUUCCGCGGGCUCGCGCAGCUGCACCAGGCGCAGGUCUGCCACGCCGCCAAGAGCGUGGGCGAGGAGAUCGCGCGCCUCGCGCUGGCGGAGGAGCUGCUCCGCGGCGCCGCGCGGGGCGGCGGCUGGCUCGGCGAGCAGGCGGCGCGGGCCGCGCGGGCGCUGGCGGCGGCGCGGCGCGACAACGACUUCAUCUACCACGAGCGCGUGCCCGAGCCCGCCGCGCUGGAGCCGCUGGCGCGCGCCGCCGUGGCCAAGGCGCUGCCGCCGCCGCCGCGCUGGGGCGCCGCGCGGGACCUGUUCGCGGCGCUGGUGCCGCACGCCGUGCACGCGGCGCUGCAGGCGGCCGCCGCGCGCCGCGCCGACCUGGUGGCGCGCGAGGUGGCCGCGCUGCGCGACGCCACGCAGCUGCUCAACGCCGUGCUGGCCGAGCUCAGCCUGCCCGCCUGCCUGGAGGGCGCCGACGCGGGCGCGCUGCCCGACAGCAUCCGCGCGCGCGCGCAGGCCGUGCGCGACGCCGGCGGCCUGCCCGAGCUCAGCCGCCUCAUGGCCGAGCUGCCCGAGCUGCUGCAGCGCAACCGCGACAUCCUCGAUGAGGCGGAGCGCAUGCUGCGCGAGGAGGCGGAGGCGGACAGCGCGCUGCGGCAGCAGUUCGGCGCGCGCUGGGCCCGCACCGAGUCCGCCAAGCUCACCGACGCCUUCCGCGCCAACGCCGACAAGUACCGCCAGAUCAUCGACAACGCCGUGCGCGCCGACGCCAUCGUGCAGCAGAAGCUGGCGCAGCACCGCGACAACAUCGCGCUGCUGGGCGGCAGCGAGCAGGAGCUCAGCGCCGGCGUGCCCGACGCGCCCGAGCGCGACCGCGACGCCGGCGCGCCCGACGCCGUGCAGCGCCUGCGCCAGCUCUGCGCCGACGUGGAGGAGCUCAAGGCCGAGCGCGACGCCAUCGAGGCCGAGCUCAAGGACACCACCGUGGACCUGCGCGAGCGCUUCCUGGCGGCGCUGGCGGCCGACGGCGCCGUGGACGAGCCCGCGCUGUCGGCCGGCGCGCUGGGCGCCGCGCUGGCGCCGCUGCAGCGCCGCGCCGCCGCCACGCUGGCGCGCCAGGCCGAGCUGCUGGCGGCGCUGCAGGCCGCGCACUCCGCGCUCACGGCCGCGCGGGGCGGCGCCUCGGGCCGCGACGCCGCGCUCGGCCGCCUCGCCGCCGCCGCCGACGCCUUCCAGGAGCUCACCGCCAACCUCAACGAGGGCAUCAAGUUCUACAACGACCUCACGCAGCUGCUGGUGGCGUUCCAGAACAAGGUGUCGGACUUCUGCUUCGCGCGGAAGACGGAGAAGGACGAGCUGCUGAAGGACCUGACGCAGGAGGCGUCGCGCGGCUCCGUGCGGCCCGCGCCCGCGCCGCCGCAGCACCACACCGCCGCAGAGCAGCCGAGCGCGCGUCGCGAGCCGCCCCGCGCCCCCGCCCCCGCGGCCGCGCCCGGCUCGGCCCCGCCGCCGCCCCCGGCUCGGCCCCCGCCGCCGCCCCCGGCUCGGCCCCCGCCGCCGCCGCGUCGCUGCCCUACCCGCAGCAGCCGCAAGGCAUGCCGGUGCCGUACGGCGCGGGCGCCGCCUACCCGUACUACGGCGCGCCCGUGCCGCAGCUGUACAACCCGUACGCCACGCUGCCCUACCCCAGCCACGCGCGCAUGCCGCCGCCGCAGCCCUACCAGCCCUACCAGUACCCCGCGCCCGCGCCCUUCGCGCCGCAGCCGCCGCCCGCCGGCUACAACCCCUACCCGCCGCAGUAGUGCGCGCGCACCUGCUCCUUGCAUUUCAAACGCAUGCACUGGCUGGCUCAGACCACCAAAUAUCAUAAUAUCAUUUAUCUAUAUUUUUUUUUUUAUUAUAAAAUGAAUUUGAGAUGAGAGGGAAUUGUGAUGUAAAUGAGAUAAAUUAUUUAACAUUGUUAUACUUGUAUAAUCUCGGUCGUCACUCCGACGUAAUAGUUUGUAAUAAGGAAUAAAGUACGCAUGUUAGAUAUGAAGUUAUGCUUUUGAAGGAGACACGUAUAGUAUUAAGGAUAUGCCGCGCGGGAAGGUGUGGACCGCCGCAAGCCGGCGCCGGGACGUCGCCCGCGCACGCUGGUGCUUUAUAAGAAUAUAUUUCUCACUGGUAAACAGCAACCUCAUUUAUAACUAUGUAAAAAAAUAUAUUUGUUAUUAUUUUCGUAAAUAAAAUGUGGAAGAGACAAUUUUUUUAA